ACUGUUGUAUGUUCUGUCAAUCGCUUGAGGACUGAGUGGGAAAAGGAACAAGCAGAGUUAGAGGCAGGACAAAAGAAGUUAUAUAGUUCGCUUAUAUACAUAUAUUUUAAUGUUUUAGAAAAUCGUGAUGGCGGGGGAGAAACAAUAGCGGUGGAUGGACUUGACAGUGUAGUUAUGGAGCCCCCUUUGAGCAAGAGGAAUCCGGCGAUAAGAUUAGCGGAUUUGGCAGCGACUCAACCUCUUCCUCAUCAGAAUAUGACAGGCUUCCCGGGUCUAGGGGUGCAUCACCCUCACUCCCACCAUGCCCACCACCACCCUGGGGAGAUGGGCAACGACCCCGGAGUGGCACUCACUCCAUUUGGACCCGAGCACAUGGCACAGACAAACGCUCUCAAACUUAGCCCCUCUCAGCAUAUUCAGAGCCAUCACGAAGCCCAGACCGCUGCAACGGCAGCAUCCUUCACUUCUGCUCAGACCACAGUAGGUUUCCCCGUGGCUCCUCACCCCCACUCAGGCUACUCUAGCAGCAGGGACUACAUCCUCAGGAGAGAACUCUCAGCCUCGGCUAUGCAUGCACUUGGCGACCAGCAUAGUUCCGCCUCCUCCCCUCAUCACCAUGGCAUGUUCAUCGCACCAACAGGUGCUUAUGGGCACGCCGAGACUGGUGCCCAUCCACUUUUCUCUGGACUCCACGACCAAGCGGCCCCAGGUGCGCACCACCACCACCACCAUGCCCUCAACGGGCAGAUGCGUCUGGGUCUACCGGGGGACAUUUACGGCAGGCCAGAGCACUUUGGCCACAGGCCCGAGCACUAUGGACCAUCUUCUAUCCACAGCUACAACUCCAUGAACCUCAAUGUGAACAUCGCUUCUGCUCCUCACGGAGCUGCGGGGGCAUUUUUGAGAUACAUGAGGCAGCCCAUCAAGCAAGAGUUAAUCUGCAAAUGGAUUGAACAGGAUGAAACUUCAAAGAAGCCCUGCUCCAAAACUUACAGCACCAUGCACGAGCUGGUCAACCAUGUCACGGUGGAGCACGUCGGGGGACCGGAGCAAGCCAGUCAUGUCUGCUUCUGGGAGGAAUGUCCGCGGGAGGGGAAAGCUUUUAAGGCGAAAUACAAACUGAUAAACCACAUCCGAGUUCACACGGGAGAGAAACCCUUCCCUUGCCCUUUCCCCGGCUGCGGAAAAGUUUUCGCUCGCUCGGAAAAUCUAAAGAUUCACAAAAGGACACACACAGGGGAGAAGCCUUUCAAGUGCGAGUUUGAUGGCUGCGACAGGAAAUUCGCCAACAGCAGCGACCGGAAGAAGCACUCACACGUCCACACGAGUGACAAGCCUUACUACUGCAAAGUCAGAGGCUGUGACAAGUCCUACACGCACCCCAGCUCGCUGCGAAAGCACAUGAAAGUCCACUGCAAGUCGCCCCCGCCCCCUUCUGCCAACGCUUCAUACCAUUCCUCUACGAACCCUCUUGGCGCGCCCCUUUCGCCCGCCUCCGAACCGCACAGGAACCGGUCCGCGAACCUCUCGCCUCAGGUUACCAACCUCAAUGAGUGGUACGUGUGCCAGGGGAGCGGGGGACCCAACCAUCUCCACACCCCCUCCAGCGAUGUGCCAACUUCGGACUCGGACGAAGAGGACUCUUUCAGAAAUGCAGACCCGAGGACAAUGCUCUAAUGUUUACAAACAGAACAAAUUAAGUUUAUUCCCCAAAUUGUCUCCCAACUGGUUAGAAGUAUAGUAAGAACUACCUGCAUGGGGAUUGUACUGACUGUAAGCAUAUAAAUGGGACUUUAUGGAGCAAGAAAUAGCGCCGCGGUUGUCAGAUGAUGAUGAAGAAGAACAACUGCCAAUAAAACGUGCCCUCUCGGUUCGCUUUCUAAAGAGCUGAAUGUAUCAACAUCUCAACAAGUCUCAAUAUAGGAAAGCCACAAUCACCAGUAUUAUUUGAGAGAAGGAAAUCAUAUUCAUAUUCAUUUUGCAAGCUUUAUUAUUCAAAUAGGUUAUAGAGAGGACCAAGAUAAGCCUAAAUAUACUGAGAACAGAAAUACAAUGUCACCAGUAAGGAUAAGCCUUUGAGAAAACACAUGCAUACAUAUGCAGGCUACAUUUACAUGCCUGCAUCGUUUAACACGGAUGAAUUAUGCUUACAUUGACAUUGUCCAUAUGAUCGCAAUCCCUGGCAAUGUAACCUGUCUUAAUCAUCAAUGUCCAAUCCCAGACAGAAGGCAGAAAUAGACGUUGCUCUGCAAAGUACAUGAGCCUUAUCAACAGCCCAGGAACACUAUAAUAAUGCCUAAACAUCCAAGAAUGGGGGAGUUGCAUUGCAUUUUUCUUACGUAUAUCUCACAGUAGAUGCGAGAACUAAUGUAUUCUAAACAUCCAAUUGAAUAUCGAACACCUGCAGAUAGCGACAGACAUGUCGCACCCACAUGGUAAUAUUGCUAAGACGCAAGUGUCUUAAAGGGUCCAAACAUAGUUUUAAGAUUUAAGACUAUGUUUGGAUGGACUUUUGUUAUAUUUAAGAACAAUUUAAGACUAUAUUUUAUGCAAAAAAAAGACACCAGUUGUACACUAGUUAAAGAGUACGAAUAAGUCCUGCGGGACCCUAAAUAUGUAAACUGACAGGUUUUGUCAAUGACGGUCGGAUUUGUAUAUAAUUGUACUGAUGCUCGUGAAUGUUGUUCUUAGUCUUAAUUACGAAUAAUAUGUUGUUUUGUACAUUGUAAUUUAUUUGCUGGUAUAAAUGUUGUACUGGAUUUACAGAGACACCAAAGAAUAUUAAUAUUAAUUUUGGUGAAUAUGUAAUAGACCUACUGAUGGUUUUGUUCUGUAAAAGAAAAAUAAUUAUUCUUUACUUGAAUAGGCAGUGUAUUGUGAAACGUUCCUCUUCUCGCAUGCCCUUUGUAGUGACUGUGUUUUUCUAUUUGGGGUGCAUGGUGCCAUUAUUUACGAUGGAUAAAAAGUGAUGAUGAAACAGCUAUGAUUGUGCAAACCCUUGAUGUUCGUGAUCCCGAGUGGCGCAGCGGUCUAAGGCACUGCAUUUACAGACCCUGGUUCGAUUCCAGGCUGUAUCACAACCGGCCGUGAUUGGGAGUCCCAUAGGCCGGCGCACAAUUGGCCCAGCGUCGUCCGGGUUAAGGUUUGGCCAGGCUAGGCCGUCAUUGUAAAUAAUAAUUUGUUCUUCACUGACUUGCCUAGUUAAAUAAAGGUUCAAUAAAAAUAAACUGACAGGAUGAAUUAAUUUUAAAGCUUAAUAAACACACCAGGCCGUGUUAGUAGUUAAUACGUGUAUUUUAGUUAACAUAACUGUAUUGUUUCUUCACAGAAUGCAUGAGGCCUGUCAGUGUAGGAUGUCAUUCCUUAGAUAAGGAUAUGCCUACAUAAUUGACUUGUUUGCAUGCAGUAAAUGCAACCGUUUUGCUGGUAAACUCAGUUGUAAAGCUAUUAUCAUAUUAUCAUAGCCUACAGAUGAUCGAAGUAAUUGUAGACUACAAACACCUUGCCAAAAAAAAAAGCUACUGGCUGGUUGGAUACCCUACUCUAAUAAUCACAGACGUAAACAUCAAAGGUUUUGUCAACAAGACACAUCAACAUUCAACGGGGAGCCCCUCAAACCUGACAAAGAUGAAAUGCGAGGGAAUAUGUGAAUUGAUCAUUAUUGACAGUUCAAUAAAAUUUUCACUGGUAACUCACAAACAACGGGCACAAUAAAGGGUUGGUAUAAACCAGUCAGGGCUAAUGGAGAAAAGUAUAGCCCUUAAUGGUGUUGUCUGAAAGGCGGGACAGGACAAGGCAACCGAGCCAUGAAUCAUUCAUUGAAAAAAGAAAAUAUAAAAGAUAUCAAUAUGUAGGACCUUGUAUAAACUACAUAAAACAAGUCCCCCUUCUUAUUUCCUCCAUUAAAACGCGCAACCUCACUUUCAAAGUCGGCCCUGUCCAGAAUUAAAAUUGACCAACCCGAGUCCUGCACAACUUCAAAGGCCUGCUAUACUUCUGAGCGGAAGGCCCGCCGCUUUGACACUCUUCAUGGUGCGUUACGAUUUCUACAGCAAUUGGGGAGCGAGACGCUCACAUUUGAAUAUGUCUGGUAAAAACCCACUAACUGCCACUAAAUGGACUAUCAUCAAAGCGCACAGUGCACCUUCUCCCCGAACAACGUCAUGUGUCGACAAAGAUAGGCCUAGCUGGCCUAUAUUGUUGACAGAAAAUGAAAUAGGCCUACAGGGACAGAAUUGUUUUGCAAUUUUUAUGUGAUAAUGUAUAGUAGUAUAGGCUGGGCAAAUAAUAGGCAAAGAUGAUUUUAUACAUGCAGUCAUACAACAGACACAGGUGAAAUUGAAUUGUCUUAAAACAGUGUGCCAAUUAAGCACGAAUGAAAUGAGUGAAAUAGUAGAAUACAUUAUUCAUAUGUCUUUGCGCUCCAUAAGUCACAUUUGUAAGAGAGUGUUAAGAAAUAGUCUUUAUUUAUCCCAUAGCAUGAGGUGGCCUCUUGAGUCUGGUUUCUGUGUCAUGUAGAACAAGCUGCAAAAACAGAAUGCAAGCAACAGAAACACACAAACAAGCACCUUUUUGAAACGUUUGUUGUCAAUUUUCACCUCUCAUACUUUUUCUCCUGCUUUGUCUCCAAAUAGUUUUUAUUCCCUCUUUAUGUAAGCUAAUCAAGUUUUAUUGAAUACAAGCAGUGUUCUGACGUUUCUCCUUUUGGCAAUAAACCGUUAUUUGGACUGAA